AUGGCCAAAGAUGACUCCACUGUUCGUUGCUUCCAGAGCCUGCUGGUUUUUGGAAAUGUGAUUAUUGGUAUGUGCGGCAUCGCCCUGACUGCAGAGUGCAUCUUCUUCGUAUCAGACCAAUAUAGCCUCUACCCGCUGCUUGAAGCCACUGACAAUGAUGACAUCUAUGGGGCAGCCUGGAUUGGCAUAUUUGUCGGCAUCUGCCUCUUCUGCCUGUCUGUCCUAGGCAUUGUAGGCAUCAUGAAGUCCAACAGGAAAAUCCUUUUGGUGUACUUCAUUCUGAUGUUUAUUGUAUAUGGCUUUGAAGUGGCAUCUUGUAUCACAGCUGCAACACAACGAGACUUUUUCACACCCAACCUCUUCCUGAAGCAGAUGCUGGAGAGGUACCAGAACAACAGUCCUCCAAGCAACGAUGACAAGUGGAAAAACAAUGGGGUCACCAAGACCUGGGACAGGCUCAUGCUCCAGGACUAUUGCUGUGGGGUCAAUGGCCCAUCCGACUGGCAGAAAUACACCUCUGCCUUCCGGACUGAGAAUAACGAUGCGGACUACUGGCCCCGUCAGUGCUGUGUCAUGAACAAGCUUAAAGAACCUCUCAACCUGGAGGCCUGCAAACUAGGAGUACCCGGUUACUAUCACAACCAGGGCUGCUAUGAACUGAUCUCUGGACCAAUGAACCGACAUGCCUGGGGGGUUGCAUGGUUUGGAUUUGCCAUUCUCUGUUGGACUUUUUGGGUUCUCCUGGGUACCAUGUUCUACUGGAGCAGAAUUGAAUAUUAA